CAGUCUUCAACUAUUUGCAGUCACUGUCUAAGCACGUGUUAUGAAGACGUUGUUUUAUACCUUCAUUAAACUGCAAAAUAUCUUGAAAUGAAGUUAAAGAAUUUGCGAAUUAAUCCUCUGAGUAGAGUUCAAAGGGGUGAGGACGAAGAAGCUCCAAGUACAUCGAAAGAUGAAACACCGAAGGUUAUCCUACCAUCUGACAGCAACUUUAAUCAUAUAAAAUGCAAAGCAGUUCGCUACCAAAAAUGUCAAAAAUUAAAGAAAGAAAAAGCGAAAGCCAAGAAGGAAGCACGAAAGAAAAGAAUUCAAGAAGGUGGACCUAAACAAGUACCACACACUAUUGAGAGUUUAAGAGAGAAAGAUGAAACUACCAUUACUGGUGAUAUUGACGAUGAAGAAAAUCAAGAGCUGAAAAUUGAUUUUGAACACGACGAAUUUGCUCCUUAUUAUAGACACGAAUAUGAGCCUAAAGUUUUGAUUACCUAUGCUGAUAAUCCAACAAGAAAGACCAGGAUUUUUGGCGUUGAACUGACAAGGAUCAUACCAAACUCUAUUUCAUUAUAUAGAAAUCGUUCUGGGGUGAAAAAGAUGGUUAAAAGUGCCAUUGCCAGGAAUUUCACUGAUAUUAUUGUUGUCAAUGAAGAUCAGUGUAAACCUAAUGGAAUGUUAAUUAUUCAUUUACCCGAGGGGCCAACAGCAUAUUUCAAACUUAGUAAUGUUAAAAUAACACCGGAAUUAAAAAGGAGUCACAAAGAAAUUAGUAAACAUAGACCGGAAGUUAUUUUAAAUAAUUUCACUACUCGUUUGGGUUACACAAUUGGUAGAAUGUUGGGAGCUCUAUUUCAUUAUCAACCUGAAUUUAAAGGGAGAAGAGCUGUAACAUUUCAUAAUCAAAGAGAUUACAUAUUUUUCAGGCAUCAUAGGUAUCAAUUUGACAUUAAAAAGGACAAACCUAGAUUGAGGGAGUUAGGACCAAGAUUCACUUUAAAAUUGAAGUCCUUGCAACAUGGAACAUUUGAUAGUAAAUAUGGAGACUAUGAAUGGCUUGUAGAAGGAAGAAGACACGAUAUGGAAACUAGCAGGAGAAAGUUCUUCUUAUAAACUUCUUCAUUUAACAUAAAUAUUUGUAGGGAAAUUAUUUAUAAAGUUUUUAUAAGAAGUACAAAAA